UGUUUUCUAGUCGUGCUUAACUAACUUUUAGUGACUUUAUUAUUUGUGUUUGUGUACUGUUCUGAGUUGCUUCCAAAUGUCAGGCAGUCAGUCAGUUACAACGUACAACUUCAUACAUACGUAUAUCAGUUCAAGUUUGCCAUACCACGGUAGCACGAAGGUGCAGCUGUCGAUUCAAAUCCCAUAUUAGUUGAGGUAGUAGAAGUAAUAGCAGUAAUCAGAGAGACGAGAGUUUGAAAACUUUGGAAGUUUUUACUUUUUUUUCACUCGCAAAAGCUUCUAAACGUAUUCAUAUUUUAUCCGAUAUCAGUAUUCCCUUACGUGUUUACGCAUUUCCCGAUUCCCUAAUUAAGCAUAAUAUUUGAAAGCAAAAUUCGAACUGAAGUUAUGAUAAGAAUUUUGGCCCUUGCCAAGUUACAGUAAAUUAUCGUUUUGGAAUAUUAAACUCCAGUAAUCGUUCCAUUCAAAACUUCUUUACGAUAAAUUUGACUAGUAUCCAUUAUUGUCUUUAUAGCAUAUCCACCGCCUGGAGACCUAGGUUUCCUGCCGGUCCCAAGCCCAGAUAAAGGAAGAGGGUUGGGCAACUCUGCCCUGGAAGUUGGAAGGUCUUCAUUUAAAAGAGUUAUCACACCCCAUGGUGCUAGCUGAGUUACUUUGGCAAUUAUGAGGCAGAUGACUCCUCUGACAGCCAUGGCAACUAUAAAUACAUGGAGUAUCCGCACAAUGUGAGAGACCGGAAGAACUAUUCAAGUAGCUACGGAAAUGAGAUACAAGCUGGUGCUGCUUGGAAUAAGUGAGACCCAUUGGACGCAGGUUGGACAACAGAGAUUAGCUUCUGGAAAAAUGCUGUUUUGCUCAGGCCAUGAAGAACACAUAUACAAGGAGUUGUACUCAUGCUAUCCAAAGAUCACUACAUUGUAUGCUAUACCUGGACUGAAGAUUUCUGUUUACUUGCCGCAAUUAUUGGAUGGGCUUUUCCGUAUACUUGGCGAUCCGAAUCCAGACUUAAGAAGACAAUGCGAAAUGCUUUUGACAGAUUUACUCAAAGAGAUAGAAACUAAUCCAAAUGAAAUUGCACUAGAUUCAAUGAUUAACAGUUUAAUCGUACACUGUCGACUUUCAGCAACAGCUUGUGCCUUGGCUGACAUUGCUUUAAAGCCAUCAUCUCCACGUAGCUCCCAGUUUUCUAAUCUCAUCAAUUCAUCUCUUGUUGUGGAUACAUUGGCUCAAAGUGUUAGUCUCACACAAAGUGCUCAAAACGCUUCUGAUUCAUGGUCCUCAAAAAGCGGAAAUAUUUGUAACGCACCAGAACAACUGAGACAACGAACGGCACUGAAGUGGAUAAAAACAUUUGUUGAAAUAGAUCCACAUCAUAUGCUUCCAUAUGCUUCAGGAAUUAUUGGUGCUGUUCUUCCCUGCUUUAUGCUUUGUGGACCAUCUGACGCUAUACAGGAAAGAAAAGUUGCUCUCGAGACAGCUGUGUGCAUAAACGAAACACUUUUGAAGGCUGUUAGAUUAUUCAAUUCAUGUACAGUAAAUAAUUUGGAUUCAUGCGAAUCAAAAGCUCGCAAUAAAUUGGAUUCGCGCAGUGUCUCAUUUAAUUCAGGAAACCAAACGGAAUCUUCAGUCAAAUUUUUGCAAGUUGAAAAUUCAACUAAGCGGUUCGCAAAUACAGCUCAAAACUCUACAACAGAUUCACUAUCUAGCGAACAAAACAGUUCACAAAUUUUAUGCACAGAUGCAAUUUUAGAAGUUACAUUUCAACUUCUUAAUAAUUCAAGUUUAUUAACUCGUCUGGCUGCACUACGUUGGAUUACUGUACUUGCAGAAGUUUGUUCAGCUGAGGUGUUUUCGCAGGUUGAUCGUCUUCUACCAGAAAUGCUCAAACUAGUUUCUGAUCCUGCUGAUGAAAUGGUGCAUUCUACUAUAUCGUUGAUUGGAAAACUCAGUCAACACCAUGAUAUUGUUGGUAAUAAUUAUCACAACAAAGAUUCUGUCAUUUUACCUCAAGAUCUUCUCAAGUUACUUCAUGAUCCGGCUGCAGUCAAUGGACAAAACGAUAGUCAGAUUUCUGAUUGUCCAACGGAAAUUUCAUCUCAAGAAUUAUCAUCGUCACCAUCUACUCCAAAUACAUUUUGUUUACAAUUUCUUUUGGACCUAAUCGAAUUGUUUAACAAGGAUUCAGAAUUAUUACGGAAACGUGGUGAUAUGAUUAUUACUGAUCUCUGUCAAGUUCUUGGUGCUGAUACGGUGUACUGCACCAUUUCAACAAUUAUUUCUUAUAUUAAACCAUUGGAAUCUGCGUUUGUACUGGUACAAGCGUUGAAUCGAAUACUUUUAACUCAACCAGUGUUACAUAAUUUCCGUAAACAGUUACGUUCUAUUAAUACGAAGGCUCAAUGUCAGUUGUUUGAGAAACUUUAUCGUGCUUGGUGCUAUAAUCCUGUUUCUCUAUUAGCAUUAUGCAUGCUGACUGAGAACUAUAAACAUUGUAGUCGUUUAGUGAAAUCGUUCGGGGAUAUUGUUAUUACUGUUGAAAUUCUCUGUGAUAUGGAUCAACUAAUUCAAAUGAUAGAGUCACCUAUAUUCUCCAGUCUUCGGAUGCAUCUACUUGAUAAACGAUUCAGUGCUGAUCUUCGCGAAACUUUAUAUUGCUUACUUAUGUGUCUUCCACAAACAGAUGCUUUUCAGACACUUUGGCGGCGCUUACAAUGUUUGCCACCAGUGGAAUAUAUUUCAGAUAAUCCAGCUCGACCUUCAAAAAGUCCCCAGUCUGGACAGAAUCUAGUUAAUGUGUACAUCAACUUUAAUGAGUUAUUUGAUUACUUUCAUUCAAUUCAGAAGCAAUCUGAUGAAUAUCGUUUAAUGAAAAUGGUAAGUUACCACAAAGAUGGAGCACAAUUACAAAAUCAAAGUUGCUGUACAAUAUUAAAUGAAAACCGUUCAAAUAGAGGUAGUCUUGGACAUGAUUGUAAUAAGCUGGCUGUGUCCAAUGAAAAUCCAUCAGAUACUAUAUAUUCAACGGAUAUUCAAAAUAAAAUUGGUUCCAAAACCAAAGUUUGUUCAGCUAAUGAUUAUCUUAUUGAGAGUUUCGCAAAUCUUGGAAUAAACAUUGACUAUGGCGUCCCGUUAAAUAUCGUUGAUUAGUUGGUUUCUUCCGAAUUGCUUGAAAGGGGAUGCUUUUUAAUUGCUUUUUGGAAUUUUUAUCUUCUUUGCUUACAAAUAACUUUAGGUAGUCACAUUUGUGUAUGUGCCAUGUCAAAUUAUAAUUAUUUUAUAGUGAUUGAACAUAUAUAUUUACAGUCAUUUCAUUUGUCCUAACUCUUCCCUAAUUGUUAAAUAUGAUUUUUAUUGAUUUCCAAUAUGACCGGAUAUUCCUGGUGUUUUUUAAAACAGAUUGUUUUCAUUUUCA